AUGAUCUCCAUUAAAGAAGAAAACUAUUUUGUGGACAGCUCCUCAGUUUGCAAUUUUGAGAUGUACCCCUGUGUUGAUCUUCAGUGGGAGUCAGCUACCUUGGCUCCACCAAAGUCCUUGGAAAAGUCUAAGAGAUCGCGUACUGCCUUUACUAGCCAUCAGCUUAUUGAACUGGAGAGGGAGUUCCAUCUUAACAAGUAUUUGGCUCGCACCCGUCGAAUUGAGAUUGCCCAACGUUUGGGCCUGACCGAAAGACAAGUUAAGAUCUGGUUUCAGAAUCGACGCAUGAAGUUAAAAAAGUCGGUUAAUAAAAAGGCCAUCAAGGGAGCAGUUUCAAUGACAAACUCGAGUUCCUUCCAAUCGAGUGAGGACUCUUUGGAGGAUGAACUGAUCGUUGAACGCCUUCUCCAAUAUGUUAAUACGAACGUGGAGAUGUGUGCUCCGCCUACACAGGAUACCUUGCCAGUUUCGGAGCAGGGUCAAAUCACACCUCCCUACCAGGACUACGACUACCUCCAAGAGUUUUGUCCCUCUCCCAUGGAUUUGCCCCAAUUGCCUUUCAAUGAAAUCGAUCCUAAUUGGGCAAAUCAGUGGUUGGGUAUAGAGACCUCCUUCGUUCCUACACCGAGUGUAACAGAACCUCAGUUGAAUACUUACUCACAGGAAUCACCUUUAAUUCGGAAUUUCUGCUGGGACUCAAACAGUUCUGCAUCUGGUUCCACUUCAUCCGAUGAAUACUUGGAUGUGGACUAUGACUUUAUACAAAACCUAUUAGAUUUUUAA